AUGCAGCCUCCCCAGACACCCCAGCUGGGUCCUUCUAGAACGCCUCAUCAACAGGGGCAGUUUCCGAGUCUAGGAGGUUUAUACGCCCAUCUUCCUUCUAUGGGAGAAGCUCCAGGCGGAUAUUAUCCCUAUGACACUGCACAAACCCCAACUCCAACCCCUCGGAAUCCUCAUCCUUUUAGCCAGCUACGAGCUGUACAUAGUCCACUCCCUGCCCCAGUGCCCCAGCAUCCGUUCCAUUAUGGGCCUCCAGGGCUUCUCUCUCCUACAUUCUACCCCACUGAAGGUGCCGUGGCUCCUCAGCCUAUGAGAGCCGAAGUUCAGGAGCAACCAGGAAACUUUGAGCAGAUCCCAGACCUGAACAAACCGUUUAGCACAGUUGCUAUGAGGGAGGAGAUGCCUAUUGGCAGUUCUGUGCAUACUCGUCGGCCACCACACUGGGGCGUUGUCAAGAUAUCAAACAUUCCUUAUUCGGUCACCAGAAAUGAGAUCGCGCAAUUUGUAGGGCGCCCAGCGCGCCUUAUCAAAGGAUGCCCAAUCCAUAUUAUAAUGGAGCGCUCAACCGCGAAAACUAUGGACUGUUUCGUUGAAACUGAAACUCCGGAAGCAGCCCAGAGAACAGUUGAUCGAGUUAACAGCAUCUAUGAGACUGGCCGAGCACCCCGUCUUGGUCUUCGCCGUGUAGAUGUGGAGUACAGUAACCAAGAUGCGCUCUUGAAAGAUCUCUUUCCGAGGGCCAAGUGCAUCUCCUGGGAAGAUGGUAUGCCUCAAGAACUUCCAAACACUGAUCCAUACUCCACAGGCUUUUCUGGCUUCAUUACUAGUGAAGAGAUCGUUGGGGCUAUUCGUCAUGCUGAAAUUCCUCACCGUUAUCCAUGGUACGCCACAAGGUUGUACACGGUCGAUGAUCGCAAUCAACUAUUUGAGCUGACGAAUCGGCACUUGAUAUCUCUUGCAUCCCGCAUUGACAGAACUCAAACCAUGGGCCUGGACCAAAAUCUGUUGAGAGAUCUUCUUUAUGCUGGAUUUAAUUGUCCAGCCUUCAAUGAACGCCAGAAAUAUACUCUGUGUGUAAAUUCUAACCUCGCACCAGAGAUCGCUAGGUUUCCAGAUAUCAGCAAGUGGUUUCCGUUCGACACUCUAGUGCAGUUGCCCGACUUCAACAAGGGUACACUCACGUAUUAUGCGAACUUGAUAUCUAGGGGAACGAUCCCCGAUCAUGGGAUCCCCCACCUGACGAACACUUUCCCGCAGGAUAGGGAUGAUCUUCGCUCUCCCUACGGUCGUGUGUGGUUUGAAUGGCCCGCAAAUAUCAGUAGAACGGUCCUCUGGGAAAUAGCUGUUAGAAUUGAGAUGCAAAUACUAGGCAAUCUUGUCCUCACUGGAUGGGUCACCAAGGAUAAUGAAGUCAAGGCUAGACUGGCAGCUGCGGGACCCUCGUCGUCAACCAGACAUGACACUCGACGCACCCUCAGUGGCUCAGUUGCUAGCUCUGAAGAAGGUCUAGGUGUCCAAACAUCCUCCAGGCUUGAUAUAUUCGCCACUCCAUCGCGCCGUGUGACUGAGACUGGCCCAUCUUAUCGUCCGGAGCGGGAAGCGGGGGAUGAAACCCCACGUCCAUUCAAUGACAGCGAUCAAAGUCCUUGGACCCGUAGGCUUCUCAUAUUCCCCCCCGGCACAGCAAGGGAAGGUUUCCAUUUUGGCCAUCGAAACACAAAGUCCUCUCCAGGUAAUCUCACACCUUCGGGUGUUUAAUCUUCGGCUGCACGUUGGAUUUUGGGGUUGAAAUGUCGCUAUCUGGUCUAUCUGUCAUUCUAUGGCAAUAUUUCAACUAAUUCCCCGGUCUUGUUUACACAUCCCAUGGCUUUUUCAAGAUUCAUCAAUCCACUUAUAUUUGCGUUCAGCUCCUACUCACUCAGGACAUCUGGCGUUGCAUUAUCCUUGUAUUCAGGGAUACCGCACUCGAUAAAUUGUCAUCGAUCAGCUGAAGAGACAGCAACAUUCGCAUUGACUAGGUCUGACUUGAAUAGGAUAAUUGGGCAGAUUUGGGCCGGCGCAGGAAGCACGUUUUUGUCAUGCUUUGUCUCUCCUUUUCUUAGUUUUGCUUGUACUUUCAUUCUCCUUUCCAUUGUUCCUCUAGGUUUUAAUCGGCUCUUGUCAUAUUCAUGACAUGAGACCUAGUCUUACACCAUGAGGUUCGAAGUCGAGAGCUUUUCAGUUCACUUCUUUUGUCUCUUUUUUUUUAUUCUGUUGCAUUGUCAUUUUC